AUGUCAUUUCACCUCAGCGCCGAAGACAUCCGCGUCGAGGAUGAUCACAUCCUCAAGGCGCGACUCCAGACUGAUUCUGGUGAAUGGAAUGACGCAGAGUUCGACCUCAACGAAGUCCUAGGCAAUCAUGAGGGUGUUAUUCACUGGGACGGACGAGACUUCGCCAGCUCUGUCAAGAAUAUCACCUUUUCUAUGGAGGGUGAUAGCCAAGUUCCUAUCCUUCGUGUCGUUCUUCGCACUAUCGAUGGCGACGAGCUGCCGAGUGAUGUCAACCUGGCAGAGCGCAUUGGGAACGAAAAUGGGGUUUUCGUUUAUGUUGAGGCCGCGUCGGUGGAGAAUGCUGUUCAAUCAGAGUUCAAGUCUCGCCAUCCCUUCCAUGAUUCUCUGUUCUUGUAUCUCAUCGAGGCGCCUACCUCGCAGACGGCUGGAGACGUCUGUGAGUCGCAUUUGUUUGACAAAUAUCCGGAAGGCUGGACCGUUGAGGGCCUUCCUUGCAGUCUGCCUUUUGCUCAGGUCGAACAUCCGGCCUUUCGUGACUUGAUCCGCUAUCUUCGUCCGGCUGCCGAUGAUCUCCUUCCAAGGUCAGGCGAUACAGUUAAGACCGACUUACAAUGGGGCUAUGACAACAAGAAGGAGUUUGUAAAGAGAGCUUUGCAAAAUGCUCUUUCUUCGAUCCACAUUAUUCCUGACAAUUGGGCUUCGCCGAAUGGUUUGGGGGUCAUUGGUUUCACAGUUCAAUUCGUAACGGAAGAUCACGGUUUACAAUCGCUUGUGGUGAGGAUUAAGGAGCUGGAAGGAGAACACAGCGGAGAACACAUGGCCGAAGCCAUCAUGGAGUUCAUACGAGAAUACGGAAUCGCCACAAAAGUUGGAUACUUCAUGAUGGACAAUGCUAGCAACAUGAACACCAUGAUUGACAAGGUCUCGGACGAACUGGAGCAAGAGUUUGAUGUUUUCUACGACCCUCUUCCCCAUCGGCUUCGCUGUACCGGCCACAUCAUAAACCUGGCCGUGAUGGAAUUUCUCAUAGGAAAACGGCCGCGGACGACAGGCUCCUAUGGUGGGCCAUCCGAAGAGGAGAUUGGGGAAUGGAGAAAGCGAGGGGCGAUAGGAAAGCUUCAUAAUAUCGUGGUCUAUGUCACUUGGACCCCCCAGAGGCUUCAAACGUUUACUGUUCUCACCGAUGGCCUCAGGCUACGGCGUGACAAUGACACUCGUUGGAAUUCAUGGUACCACAUGGUUGAAAGGGCUCUGAGGCCUAAAGUCAGGCAAGCUAUCACCGUAUUUUGCGCGCAAGAGCCUGCUCUACAAGAGGAUACCCUGACUCCGUCUGAUUGGGUAACUUUGGCCGAGAUUCACAAGUUUCUGGAACCAUUCCACGACGCGACAAUGGCCAACGAGGGCGUUCAAAAUUCCAUCGCCGACGUUCUCCCCACCAUGGAUUAUCUCCUACACCACAUCGAGGCCGCCAGGGAGGCCACCACCAUCCCCCACUUGGCUACAAUGAUGGAGACUGCUUGGGCCAAACUGGCCGACUACUACGAAUUGACAGAAGACUCUCCAGUCUAUUCAGCAGCCACAGUCUUAAACCCUUCUUUCAAGUGGGCAUACAUGGAGAAGACUUGGGAAGACAAGACGGAAUGGAUUGAGAGAGCUAAAUCUCGGGUAGGGCAGCUGUGGAGGGAAUCGUACAAGUCAUCUUCUUACUUGCCGGUUCUUCGACCAGGCUCAGCAGAGGAGCCAACUACGAGACGACUAAAUGGGUACAAAAUGUGGAUGAAUGAGCAGAAGGCGACGAUUUUCAACACGGACGAUGACGAGUACGAAGUGUACUGUCGUGAGCCUGUUGUGAUGACGCCGGACCCGCUGAAAUGGUGGCUGGAGGUGGCCCAGCGAAGACGAUUCCCUAGCUUGUCAUUGAUGGCCAUCGACAUUCUUUCUAUCGCAGCUAUGUCUUCUGGGACAGAGCGACUCUUUUCUAAAUUAAAACUUACGGUAACCGAUCAGCGAGGAGCUAUAGACGCUGAAACUUUAAAUAUCGUGGAAUGCCUACGUUCCUGGGACAGCAGCGCCUUGAUAGUCCCAUCAGAUUGUCGCUAUGUCGAUGCGGCUUCCGGGUUUAAUCACUCUGAUGCAUUGGGACGCGAGGAGAGCGGUGGGGGAUUAGACACAGUGGAGAUAGCCUAG